CGCACAGCGUCCAUUUCUGACGUCUCACUCUCGCGAGAUGAGAUUUACGAUGUGUGGAUGAGCCAGCUGUCAGGAGCUGAGGAGCUAAACAUUUGGACGGAGUUGCGGGAAAUUUAAACAGCUAUUUAGAACUGCGAGCUUUGUUGGGCGGUAUGUAACGAGUAUUGUAGGACAUGAAGGCGUUCUAUGACCACGUAUUGGCUGAAUUAUUUUAUAUAGUUUAUGGAACUCUCAGGAUUUUCUAAAGAGUAAUCCUACAAGUUAUCCUACAAUCAUGGCAGCAAAGAAAAAUUAUCAAGAAUGCAUUCGUAAACUUGAAGAAGAAGUAGAGCACUUAAAUGAAGAGUUGUCUCAGUGCCAGGCAGACAAAGAAUUUGUAUGGUCAUUGUGGAAGCGUCUACAGGUGGCUAAUCCCGAUAUCACACAAGCAGUUGGUUUAGUUGUAGACAGAGAAAAGAGUAAAGCAGAGUCCAAAGACAGAAAAGUGCUGGAAAUCCUGCAGGCAAAGGAUAGCAAAAUACAGGAACUUGAACAGAGAGCAUCAGGGCAACAGCAAGAAAUAAACAACUUAGUUCAGAGAAAAAUAGCUGUAGAUGAAGAAAAUACACUCCUGAAGAAGGAACUGAAUGACCUCCACGAAAAAUUAAAAGAUAAAAGUCAAGAACUUAAGAGUAAUAAAGAGAAUACGCAAGAAAAGGAAAAACAGACAGCAGUGAUUUUAAAAAAUCUAGAGCAGGAAAAGGAGGGGUUGAGUAAGAGAUGUGCUGACCUGCUCAAUGACCUGGAGAAAGCAAGGAAGCAGGAGGCACAGUGGAAAGCAGACAAAUCUGGCAUUGAUGGCAAAAUAAAGGAUAUGGAAGUUGACUUGAAAGAAGCAAGAAAACAGAUGGAGGCUAUGCACAACAAAAUAAAUGGGCUGUCAUCACAGGUCAUUGUAAAGCAGACAGAGUUGGCACAGAGAGAAACUGAUUUGACCAGGCUGAGGAAGGAGUUGCAAGAACUGCAAAAUCUAUACAAGCAAAGCAAUGAACAUGCAUCACAGCAAGCUGAGCUGAUCCAACAGCUUCAGGCUCUCAAUUUGGAUACUCAAAAGGUACUAAGAAAUCAGGAAGAUGCUCACACCACUGAAACAAUCUCAUACCAGAAGCUUUAUAAUGACUUGAAUGUCUGUUAUGAUAUGGCAAAGUCCAGUGAGGCUCAACUCCGGCAGAGUAAUAUUGCUCUCACAGACCAGAUACAUCAAAAGGAACAGCAGAUUAGCCAGCUUCAAGUGAAACUGCAAGAAGCCCUCAGUGCAUUACCCAAGUCACCUCAAGAACCUCAGGACUGUGAACAUCCAUCCUUGGUGGAACUGGAACUCAUAAUAGCUUCUCAGAAAUCAGAAAUCAAAUUUCUACAGGACAAGCUUAAAACAACAGACCUUCAGUUAACUCGAGUAAAUAAUUGUGGUGCCGAUGCACUUGAGAGCAGCAUCCUGAGGGCUGGGAGAAAGCACGAGGUGCAACCUGCGAAACGUUCAAGGUCUCUGUCCCCAAAAGGAUUUUCCAAAGAGUCAGAAGAGUUAAAGAAGCUUAAGAUAGCAGAAAAGAGAAUUGAGCAUUUAGAGAAAGCACUCCAGAUUAAGAUGCAGGAAAAUGCUGAAAUCCGAAAAGCUCAUGAAAGACGAAGAGAGAGGCUACUGACAUUGCAAAGUAAUUAUAGGGAAGUUAAACAACAGAUAGAGCAAUCUGAAGAGUAUGCCAGGGGAAAAGAAAAUAAAAAGCGAAACCAGCGUGCAGAUCCAAGGCAACUUCGCCAUGAAGACUCUGAUGCAGUGUGGAAUGAGCUUGCUCACUUUAAGAGGCAAAACAAAAAGCUUCAUGUUGAAAAAAUGAACUUAGAAGAGGAACUAGAUCAAAUCAAGGUGCAGGCAUCUGCAGACAAAGUAGCUAUACAAGAAUUAAAUGAGUGUCUUCAGCAAGAACGAGAAGAACUGCUUUAUAUACUUGCUAAAGAGGAAGAGAUCGUCAGCAGCACCCCGAAGAAAAAUAAAGAUGAGGUUUUGCAACAGGCCUUGCACAAGGCAAAUCGUUUGGAAAUACGUCUAUGUGGGUUAGAAGCAGAAGUUACAAAAUUAAAAGGAAUAAAUGAAGAAUUAAUUGCAGAGAAAGAUUCUUUAAAAUUAUUGGUAACUAGUCUGCAAAUAGAUGCAGACUCUAAGGAAAGAAAAGUACAAAAACUAAAGACUGAAAAUAUAGAAGCAUAUGAAGUAAGAGAGAAGUUAGAGAUGAAGAAUGCAGAACUAAUUUAUGAGAUCACAUCACUCAAGAUACUAUUGGAAGAAGGUAACAAGCUGCAAAGUGAAAACCAGGAUCUCAUAAGGCAAAUAGAGAACCUACAACGUGCUCUGGACCAGGUUAGAACAGUCCCUGUUCUGGCCACUAGAGAGUUGAACAGUAGACAAAGAAGUAAAAAGCAUACAGUAAACAAGGUUAAACAAAGAGCAGUCAAGAAGAUCUCUUUAAGACGUCACCAAGCUUUUCUUAAUCAGUCUAUCAAGGUUAUGAGCAGUGUGUUUGAGAACUUCAGCAGAGACGGAUGGGAAGAUGUUAUUGAAGACAGUGAUUCAGAGUCCCAAACUUUGGGGAGUGAGAAAGAAGGAAUUGUUAAAACAGCCAAGUCAGAAAAUUUAUGUAUGGAUUACACAAACUCAGCUGAUGAAAACACUUGUUCUGAGUAUACUCAUUCAGGGUGUGAAGAUGCAAGUGAUGAACUGACCUAUGGCAAGCAGAAUUAUCUGCAUGAGAGUGCAGCAAAGAAAAGAAACAUUACAAAAUGUUGCACCAGGCUCCAUCCACCUGCUGUAAAAUCAGGACACCGAGAGAAGAGAAACAAAAUCCUGGCAUACAGGCAUAUUUCCUCUGUGUCAUCGUUAAGGCAAAGAGUUGCAUCCUUACAGCACCAGGUGUCCGUGUUACAAAAAGGAAAGCAAGCAGCUAGCGCUUGUGCAGAUGAGCUAAAGAAAGAGAAGAUAAAACUAACAGCUGAACUGCAUCUGGCACAGCAAAGACUUCAAAUCAGCAAGCAGAUGGCAAAGAAAUUGUCUGCAGAACUUACUGAACUUCAUCGGGAAAGAGAGUAUUUGGAAAGAUCUGCAGAGCAGAUGAAGGAACAGCUGAAUCUAGCCAAAAGAUCAUCAGAAACGCAGCGCCUUUUGACCUCAGAUCAGUCUCCAGUCACACAAUUAACUGAAUCAAAGAGUUCAGACCUCGAAAUAAAGCAGCUCCACACUAAACUUAAGAAUAUGACUGUUGAAAUAACGAAACAGACCACAACGAUUAAAUAUUUGAAAAAUGAAGUCCAGGAAAAAGAGGACCGUAUUCGGGAUCUGCAGGAAAGGGUUGCACGAAUGGAAAGGGAUGUCAACAUGAAAAGGCAUUUGAUAGAGGAUCAGAAAACUCGCCUGAAAACCUACCAGGAAAACGAGAGACCUAGCAAAGAAAUGUUAGAAAGUCUUGAAAGGAAGGUGAAGGCAUUGACAGAAGAAUGUUCUCACAAGAAGACAUCAAUUGAUUCAUUAAAGCAGAGGCUUAGUGUAGCUACAAAAGAAAAGGCACAGUAUGAGCAGAUGUACCACAAAGUAAAAGAAGACAUGGAAAAAAAGACUGUUAAGGUCAGCAACCUUGAGACUAAAGUGACAGAAUCUGAGCAUGCCAUAUCUAAACUGGAAAACACAGCCACUCAGCAACUUCACAAUUUAGCGGCGCAAAGUGAACAAGCUUUAGAAGUCAUUCAGAAUAAACUGCUGUUGGUUACCAGAAGGGCAGAGGAGCUUGCCAUCUUUGUAAAGAGUCUAGCUAAAGAGCUGCUGUUAAAUAUAGAAGAAAUCAGAAAGGAAAUCAGGCAGGCAAACUUACUUCAAGAAGCAAACAAUGGUCCAUCCAAAAAAUCUGUUCACAAGGCACAAUCUCUUGCAGCCUCUAUCCUCAACAUAUCAUGCACUGACCUGGAUGAGAUAUUAGAUGUCCAGGAUGAAGAGGAAGAAGCAAACAUAAAGCGGUUGGUGGAAUCUGAUAAAAAAUGGGCGAACCACAUAAUAAAGCUUCUGGAAGGACAGCUUCCUUUUGCAUCCAGCCUCAUGAAAGCCGUGCAGGAAAAACUUAAUGAGAAGGCUAGACUUAUGGAAGAAUACACACUGCUGAAGAGACAUAUCUCUUGAAUCUACCGUACCUCUGGCAGGGAUAUUGCACUACUGUUCAGCAAAUGUUGGGGACCAUAUUGCACAGACAGAUCACUAUAUUUGCAACAGCCAUUUGUACAAUACUGUUUAUAACACUACUGUUUUUAACAGUAGUUUAAUUUGUGUUCUGGGUUUACUUUGUGCUCAGGGGUGUUUCUGCGGUCCUUGCCACCCUGAGGUGGCCUUUCCAAUGCCUCCCCCUUACACCCAAUGCUUACAGUGCAUCACACUAGUGCAGAAAGUGCAAUUAAAGUUACCAGGAGUAGAUUUUUGCCACCCCUGGUAACUUGCGGGCUGCUGCCACCUGAGGCGGGUACCCCUGGCUGUAAUCCACUGUUAUGGUGGAUUGAUUUUAAUCACAAUCUUGGUUAGAAGGCUUUCCAUGCCAUCAAACCCAUAUCCGCUAUUACAAGCAGGGACACUUAUGGGGUUAUGUAAUAAAAGGCACUAAGUUUGCCCAGGAGCAAUACCCCAUAGCAACCAAUCAGCAGGUAGAAUUUUCUGGUCAUCUGUUUAAAAGAAAACAUCUUAUUGGUUGCUAUGGGUUACUGCUACUGGAUAACUUAGUGCAUUUUAUUACAUAUGUGGGAAAGAAUCUACAAUUAGUAUUUCCUACUAUACUGUUUCCUAGAUAAUCCAUUACACCUUGUCCCUCCCCUAAUUAUGUAUAUAUUUAAGGACAUGCUAAUGUUUAUUAUGAGAGAGAUACAUGGUUUUUGUCAUUUUUAUAAUGCUAUUUAAAUGUAAUUGUUUUCAUUCUGCUGUUUAUUUAAGGGAGCGUAUUUAUUCUGGUGUGACUGGUUUAUAAGAUAGUUCUCUGAUACAGGCAAUGAAUAAGGACAACAAAAAUACCUGUUUAUAGUAUGUUACAUGUAAGGAAGUUAAUGUUUCUCAGAUCAAGAUUUUUUUGCACUGUGUUAUACAACCACUCUUUUCUACAUGCUAUUUUUUAUUAAACAUUUUAUAACAGCCUU